AAUCAUAUCAUAAACGGUUGGAGCCAAUAGUCCAAUUUAGUUCUAGAAACGCAUAUCAUCAAUAUGGCGUAUCUGUAUAAUGAUAUCUACAACUUCAACAGCCGUUCCAUUUUUUCCCGGAAUGGGAAGGAUGGCUAACGAGGGGGUGGCGGGGGGAGCAGGAGUAGAAAGAAGAAGUGAUUAUUUUCAGACUAAGUGUUACCGAGAAUAUAGCGUUAUCUACCAAAGGCUUUAAUUCAUGCAGAGACAAAAUAGGCGCAGGUGCUUUUCAAGCUCGUCGAUCCUUCUUCCCGCACAUUGGUAAUGUUAUAAUCCUUCGUUUUAAUUAUUAAUGUGAGUGCCUUAAGCACUGCAUUAACACCGGGAGCAAUAGAUCUAAUUGUUUUGGUAAAUUAUUUUAUUAUUUCGUAGAAAUAAGGACACCUUUCUUUCUUUCUUUCUUCCUCUUGGAAGGUAAGAUUAUACUGAACGCGUGAAGCGAUAUAAUAGUAUGAACACCUCAUCUAUUACGAACUGAAAUACGAGUGCCUGUUUUGCUCUUAAUGGAUUGCCACCCGCACAAGUAAUGACGAAAUAGAAGUUCUACUGUGUUAACCCUUUUUGUGGUUCGUAGCACUUGUAAACAUAUUUCGUUACCAUGAAAACUGUCUCGAAGCUAAAAGGUGGGUGCUAAUGAUGUGGUCGAGGUUUCAAGCUGCAAGGGAAAUAUCACCUGCGAAAUGGCUGAGACAAAAUCGGUCACCUUCUCGCCUAUUUUGGAACAGGCUUCGGACGAAGUAUCAGUCGGAAGCUCUGAAACAGACUUGUCUCCCGAUGGGAUAAAGUUGGAGGAGGCCUGUAUUGCUAGUUUGUCGAAAAGCGCCAGAAAAUAUCAGCUUCCAACUGAAGAUGAAAGAAGAGUGCUUCGAAGGCGUAAAAUAGCACUGCUAACACUUGGUUUCAUUCUUCUUCUUGGUAUUGGAGGAGUUGUAAUUUACCUCGUUACAAGAGAACUCUAUAACAGAGAACAACACUAUUACAGCGGAGCAGUGAGUGAAAAUAACACGGGAUUUGCAUCAGGAAACACAAGCGUAAAGGAACCUACCACAAUCUUGGGCUCUUUCAACACCAUACAGCCUUCCUCUGAAUCCAUUAAGAAACAACUUUCCUGGCAUUCAGUUCACACAACAGUUCGUCGUCUAUCAGAGGAAACAACAUCCGUUGCCAGGACGUUAACACCAACAACAGUAAUUCAGUCUUCAGAUCUGGUGACGCGUUAUGAAACAAAAAAUUGUAAUCCAGCAAAAUCAACUUUCGCCCCGCCAAAGUUAUCAAGUCCAACAUCGACAACGUCACAAUGGUUAUCAAGACAGGACUCUACUAAGUUGUACACCACCUCCGAGCCAAUAACGCAUACGCCUAAAUCUAGUGAAAGGAAGAUUACAACUUCGUUUUACCUGGUCCAUGGAACAAGUUCUUGGAAUGAUGAUGAUACUACUGAAAGGAAGACAUCUUCAGAAAGUGGUUUUCUUACUCCAGUGUCGUCCUUGAACAUCAUUAGAUCCACUGGGUACUUUACUGAAAGCAAAGCUAAGUCACCUGGUCUUCAGAACCCUAGUUAUAGUACGUCGUCCCUGCCUACUAAGAAAAAGUCAACAACUGGAACCUUAACUUCAACAGCUCAGGAUAUUAGAACCUUGGUAUCUGGAGUAACAUCGCCUGGAAGUACAAAUGUUUGGUCUUCUAUCUCAACUGCAAUCAGAAAUUCGUCAAAGUUAAAUAACUCUAAAUCAACGGGAUUGGGUGUCGACUUACUAAUAACAACGAAGGAACGUGAUCGUUCAAAGUUAGGUCCGACAAGUUCGUCCGCUGUCACGUACCGUUGGGGUUCUGAAACAGUUAAUCUAACAAUAGGAGGGUCAGAUAUUUCUGCAAGUAGACUUUCACCCAUCACAAAUUCCAACCUGUCUUCCUCGUUGCCUUACAAGCUGUCAGAAUCAACCAACGUCGUAAACUCUUUGGAGGGAAGCUUACCGGGAAACACUUUUAGUAACGAGUGGGUGUCCUCGCAGUCGAUCUCGCCAAUAACGCUAGAUGGACAGUACAGCACCACGGUUAAAGAAACCAGCAGCUUAAUGAAAUCUUCUUUUUCUGAUCAAAGCAGAAGCACAUGGUCGAUGCUAUUUUCUCAUACUCCCGCUGUCGGUUUCAGUAUUCAUGAGUCGGUGUCGUCUUUCAGAAAAGUCCACGAGACCAGCCAAUCCGCACGGCUCAGUGAACUGAUUUCCACAGAGAGUAAGCUGGUUAGUUCUGGAUCUUUAAGGGACGAUUUCACGCCUGUUGUAAUGACACCAUUUACUUCUUUGUCUCUAUUUGCCAUUCAAGGAUCUAGUGCAGUUGAAAAAGUCCUCACACCUACAAAAGCCACGUCACUUUCAGUCACACAAAGAACUAAUCCUAGUCCUCGAAGUACCAACCAAGUAGUUUCGGAAACAGAAAAAGACAGUCUUGCUAUUUCCACAUCGCUACGGUACACUCGUCAUUAUGGCACCUCAACAGCUGAAGAUAUCACCUCACUGAAAACUUUUACAUUAUUCUCAAGUCUUCUGCAAACAAGCCCAUCAAUAAGUCAGCCGCAAUCUGUUAUAAACGCAACAUCAUUUGGCGGUGCUGUGAUACUAAAUUCAAACUACGGCAAAAAAUCAUCGCUAUUGGGUUCAUCACCUGGUGAAUUGACCUCUCUACCCGUUGCUAUGGUUUCGUCACACAGCUCCGUCUCGUCACAUACUACCUAUGACUACCUGCCAACAUUUGCAUCAGAGGCGACCACCAACGGAUUUUCAUCUUGGAUUGCUACCCAUAAUAUUGCAAGUCACAUCCCUUCAUCAAACUCCAAGUCGGCCUUAGCCUCUAGAAAAAUGAGCACACAACAAUGGCAUGCUGGACGUUCGACUGAUUCGGUUCAACACCUGAAUCCAAAGAGUAGCGUAAAAGAACGUCUGGCGACUAAUCUCACGAUUCAAACUACGAAACGCGCGCACGCCAAUCAGCAGACAUUGCAUAAGCGUACAAGUGAUGCCCUAGCAGUAUCAACAAUUACAAUCAGUCCUAUCACCACACCUAUUUCUUCAAAGCAAUCUACUGCAUUGUCCAAAGGUCUCCAGUCAAUUGCAAAAUCCUUAUCAGCUGGUCAGCUAACACCUAGCGGAAUGUCUUCUCAUUCCGAGAAUACCCGGAUAUCGACUGUUACUUCUUCCGGGGAACAUCUUACGUCUAGCAAUCCCCAUGAAACAUCUCAGCACCAGACCUGGUAUACAACCUUGACUGACACUCUGGAGAUUUCAACAAUCACACGUUCAGCAAUCACCCCAGUCAUCUCAGAUAGUAGAGGAAUAUCAACAGCUGAACCAGCUUCAAGGACAACGAUUUCACAGUUAGAUAAUUCUAGGGUCUCGAGCAGCAUCUCCUCCACACUGCGUCCUAGCUCUGGGGAAAGUCUAAACGUCAGUCUAUCAACCAAGAAAGCCUAUUCCGUUUCUUCCAUGAAACUUUAUAACACACUGGUUAAUGGCUCAAGUGAUUGGUUCAUACCAAUAAAUGCAACUGUAAAGCAGAGCUCCAUUGCCACAAUGUCACCAUCAAUACAAUCAACGAUAUUCUCGCUAAACAAGUCAUCUGCAAGUCGUAUCAUUACCCUAGCGUCCAGCAAUAUAUCUUUAUACUUGCACAAUAUAACUUACUUACAGUACGCCUUGACAAUUGAGACUGUAAGGAUCUUUCCAAGUCCGACCUAUACUUCUGCAACGCUGAUAAAACCUUUGAAGACUACAGAUUCUCACUCUUUCAGUGCUGUGCUGACCAAUAUCAGACCAACUUCGAACUCCACCGCGCGGUUUAAGAUCAUGGACGGUUCCUUGGUCAUAAGGAACAGAAAAUUUCACGAAGACCUGUCCAAUCCAAACACGACGAUGUUCAAAACCCUUGCGUAUGAAGUGGAGGAAAUAAUUAUGAACAUUGUCUCCUUAGAUGCUGAAGUAACUUCUUUCAGGAAUGGAAGCAUUAUCGCAAGCUUUUACUUACUAGUGGCGUACAGCUCUCCAUUCAGCGACCGCUAUUAUGCCCAGAUGUUGAGCGAAGCUAAUGAAACUCUAUGGCGUGGUUACCAAGUGGAGAACAUUACUGUCACCUUGAGAGCUGAUGCGCGACGUUCAGCAGCGCGAUUUCAAGAUGAUGGGGGCUUAUCAAAAGCUGCCGUCGCUGCAAUCUUCACGGUGUUUUCUGUUUUACUGAUAGCAGUUGGAUGCUUUGGAGUUUACAUUUGCAAAAAGAAAGGAUUAUGCAAACAAUCAAGAGUUAAACCUGCCGAUUCCCCCAUCCCACCAUCGGAGCUUGAGAAAAUUCAGCCAGUUCACCGUGGUACUUGGGUAAUGAACGACGAGCCAUUCUUAAAAGUUGACGUACCUAAAGACCCCAACUACAGAAGUACCUCCUUCCACGAAACAUUAAACAUGAGAGUUAUGGAAAGAAACAUCAAAGAGACAGGUUGUGACCAUGAUUAGCUACGAAAAUCUACUAGGAGUCCCUUUGAGCCAGAAUACGCCAAUAGCGAAGCGGAUAGCGAUUUAGGGACUAUGAGUGCUCUUCCGUCGGCCUCAAGAAGCGUGUCGAGCACGAUGAUGGAAGUUGAUUACGUAGAUCGUCCAAUCAGUGGAUCCUCAAGAAAUACUUACUUAAACAGAGCGUCAGAUUCGACUCAUUCUGAAGAUGAGUGCUAAGGCGUCAAGAAUGUACCAUACUGUAAAUAUUUAAAUGUAAUUAAGACGGAUUGCGCUCAAAAGUUUUUGAGCAAUAUGUGCAAAAAUUAUUUUUUUAAAAAAUCUACUCACAGCAUGGUAACAUUUUGAAUACGAUUUAAAACAUCUCACUGUAAUUAAUUUCAACUAACGCUAAACGUACGUUUUAAUUAAAAUAUGGAUAACUUUAAGUUCAAUUUUCUCUCGCGGGGUCACCUCGCGAGUUUAAGUCUCGAUAAGCUUCUCUUACCAUUAUUCAAAGUACCAUGCCAUGAGGUUUUUUGGUAACUUUAUUUUUGCCAUGGCUCGAAUGUUCUGCGGAAAUCAUCUUAAUUUUACCACUGUUUUUCGAAUGCUAAGUCGGAAAAGUGUAACUUUUAAAGAUGAAUUUGUUUGCAAACAAGGUUGAUUCAGUUUCACCCUAAAAUAUUUGACUGUUAUAAUCACAUGGAAAUAAUUAAAUUUAGUUCAUUAGGAUCAUUAUUUAAAAUGAAUUCACUCUCUUCGAUGUGAUUAUCACAGUGUUAUCUUUAGCUUGAAAUAGAUCUACAGAUGCAGAAUUGCAUCUCAGUGCAACGCUGACACCGAUCAGUUGGUUGGUUGUUUUAGUUAUUUAUUUAUUAAUUUAUUUAUUUAUUUAUUUAUAUAUUUUAUAAUCAACUUUUAUGAUUUAAUUGGUGAGAUGUCUUAAUGAUUUUACCAACUUGAUAGAUAUAGAUGUAAAUGUAGAAAUAAAGCACUGGUUGGAAUGCUAGGCAUUUUGAACUUUUCUUCAGCCCAACAUCGUGCGACUAUUGGUUUUGCUACCGAUUGCACUGAGUGGCAACGAAGUGGUUUUGAAGCUUCCCUUACCACUGGCCUAUUGAUUGUGCUAGAAAACACAUAGUUUAAUUUUAAUAGGUCUUAAGAGAUUUAACUGAAAUUAAAUCAUUGAA